AUGAUAUCUACAGAACGGCUGGCCAUCAGAUCUCCCCGAGACCUGCGAAAUACGGCUUCGCUUGAGGGCCUACAGACCGAGGAGCAGAGGCGGGUCCUGGAUGUCAUCGCCCAACUCCGCCGUUGUAACCUGGAAAGCACGUUAUCGCUUCCACAGCUCGUUGUCUGCGGUGACCAGAGCGCUGGAAAGAGCUCCGUUCUUGAAGCUCUCACAGAGAUUCCUUUCCCUAGAAAUGACAACUUAUGCACUCGGUUUGCGACCGAGAUCAUCCUGCGCCGCGCGGAGCUGGAGUCCCUAACCAUCAAGGUAAUUCCGGACGCCAAGCGAAGCAACGCCGAGCAGGACAUCAUACGCAGCUUUGUUGAGACUAUCACGGACUUCAAAGAGCUACCUGGUAUCAUGGAUAAGGCGAUGGAGGUGAUGGGUAUUGGAGCAGAUUCAGCGAGAGCCUUUGCAAAGGAUGUUCUCAGCAUCGAAAUUGAGGGUCCGGACAGACCUCAGCUUACUUUGGUCGAUCUGCCUGGACUGAUCCAGAACGCGACUACCGGUGUCACUGACGAAGACGUGGAGAUGGUUCGCAGCAUCACCGAGAGCUACAUUUCGCAGCCCCGAACCAUCUGUCUCGCCGUCAUUUCCUGCUUGAAUGACUACGCCAACCAGGGCAUCAUUACUCGUAUUCGUAAACAUGAUCCUAAAGGUGAACGCACACUAGGUAUCAUCACCAAGCCCGAUCGCGUUGAGAAGGGUUCCGGCAGCGAGGCGGCCUUCAUCGCCUUGGCUCGUAAUGAGGAUAUUCGCUUCAAUCUGGGCUGGCAUGUUCUGCGGAACCGGAACUUCCAAGAGAGCCACUCGUCCUUCGCGGAGAGAAACAUGGUGGAAGAAGACUUUUUCCGUAAGUCCAACUUCAGGGUACUCGAGCAAGACAACGUGGGCAUCGAUGCGUUGAGGGCCCGCUUGAGUCUUCUUCUCUUCGAGCACGUCAAGAAUGAGCUGCCCAAACUGCGUUCUGAACUCGAUGGAAAGCUGUCUGAAACGACGACUCAGCUCGUGAACAUGGGCGUGAAGCGAUCGGAAGCCAAGGAAUGUCGAGAGUUCCUCACGAAUCUCAGCCUAGAGUUCCAUGGAGUAUGUAAGUCUGCCAUCGCUGGCCACUAUGAAGGCACAUACUUCCAGCCCAAGACCAAAGACGCCUUCUCCCCGCAGUCAACUGAUGCCAUUCGCCGUCUUCGGGCUUUGGUACAGAUGAUGAACGAAAAGUUCGCCGCCCGAUUUCGCACUCAUGGACACCACUAUUGGAUCGAGACGGAAGAGACCAAGUCCAAGGCUAAGUCCAAGGCUAAAGAAGAUGGGUCAAACGAGGUGGAGUCCGACGGUUCGAAGGCUUCUUUCCUGAAGAACAUGACCCCAAUCAUCUUGACGGAGCCAGAAGCUAUCAAAUGGGUGAAAGAUGCGCUCACCCGAUCACGCGGACGUGAGCUUUCUGGCACCUUUAACCCCUUACUCGUGGGAGAGCUCUACUGGGAACAGGCCUCGAAAUGGCGCGAGCUAUCGACUGAUCACUUGGAAGAUAUGAGCCAUAUCUGCUCUACCUUCCUCACCAUCCUUCUCAAGGAGAAAUGUCCGAAAGACCUUUACUCGCGGGUUCGCUCAAUAAUUCAAGAUGCUCUGAAGGAGCGAGACGACAAUGCAUACGCGGAGCUCGAACGCCUCAUGGCUGAUCUCAGAGAAUAUCCGAUCAAUUACAACCACUAUUAUCUGUCUGAAGUCCAGAAGAAGCUCAUGGAAAAGGAGAAUCUUGCGUUUCAGAAAGCUGUCAAGGACGCUUCCACCGAGACAGAGCGUGGUGAAGGAGAAGAAACUCACAAAUCUACCCAUGUGGACGUUGGGCAGCUUGCCAAGACCUUCCGUAAGACGAUGAGCGGUGACGGCGACAUGGGACAGCAUAGCUGUGCGGAGAUUCUCCAUAGAGUCAUCGCUAUCUACAAAGUCCUGCACAAGGUCUUCGUGCAAAACAUCACGAUGCAAGUUGUCGAACGCCACAUCGUGCGCGGUUUGGAGAACAUCUUCUCCCCCGUCACGGUCAACAGGAUGACAGAUGAGGAGGUUGAGGGUAUUGCGGCUGAGCCUGCGGCGGCCAAACGUCACCGAGCGUUCUUGGAGGAUCAACUCAAGAAGCUUAGUGACGGCCAGCGUAUUCUGAAGGGAGUCAUGCGAAGUACCGCUGCUUAGGUAUAUGCACAUUACCCUUGCUGCCGUCCUGGGUGCUUUGACACACUUUUGCAGAUCAGAUUGUGGAAGUAUGGUCCUUUGAGUGUCGUGAAUGCUCAGGAUCAGCUCAGACGGUGGAAUAAUGGUGUACACAUACGGGCAUGGGGCGCUUCGGUAGGAUAUCUUUCGUAUAGUACCUGUCACGAAAUCAAAGAUGCUACC